AUGGCUAUUGAUCAUAUAAGUUCUCUGUUUGCGAAAUUGCAAGCAUUAUCGACUUCAGAUCAUGGCUCCGUUGUGUCCAUGAACAUAUUUGUGGCACUUCUGUGUGCUUGUAUUGUCAUUGGACAUCUUCUUGAGGAAAAUCGCUGGAUGAAUGAGUCCAUCACUGCCCUUGUCAUAGGAAUAUGCACCGGCAUACUCAUUUUGAUGCUUAGCGGUGGUAGAAGCUCUCAUAUUCUUGUUUUCAGUGAGGACCUUUUCUUCAUAUACCUUCUGCCACCUAUCAUAUUUAAUGCCGGGUUUCAGGUGAAAAAGAAGCAGUUUUUUGUUAACUUUAUCACCAUCAUGAUGUUUGGUGCUAUUGGUACAUUGAUAAGUUGUGCCAUCAUAACUUACGGUGUCGCAAAAACUUUUAAGAAGAUUGGAAUUCGUUCACUGGAGAUUGCGGAUUAUCUAGCAAUUGGUGCAAUAUUUUCUGCUACGGAUUCUGUGUGCACCUUACAGGUUUGGAACUGUAUGAUACAGGUGCUAAAUCAGGAUGAGACACCUUUAUUGUACAGUCUUGUAUUUGGAGAGGGUGUUGUAAAUGAUGCUACAUCAGUGGUGCUUUUCAAUGCGAUCCAAAGUUUUGACAUCAACCAAAUUAAUCCAUCAAUAGGGUUGCAUUUCUUUGGCAACUUCUUGUAUCUAUUUACCACAAGCACUCUUCUUGGGGUUUUUACUGGUCUACUCAGUGCUUACAUUAUUAAGAAGCUUUACAUUGGCAGGCACUCAACAAAUCGUGAGUUUGCUCUGAUGAUGCUAAUGGCAUACCUUUCCUACAUGAUGGCUGAAUUAUGCUAUCUGAGUGGAAUUCUCACUGUGUUCUUUUGUGGGAUUACAAUGUCUCACUAUACUUGGCAUAAUGUGUCUGAAAGCUCAAGAAUCACUACCAAACAUGCGUUUGCUACUUUGUCAUUUGUUGCCGAGACUUUUAUCUUCCUUUAUGUUGGUAUGGAUGCCUUGGACAUUGAUAAAUGGAGGUUUGCUAGCGAUAGGCCUGCAACUUCUCUUGCUGUGAGCUCAGUAUUGUUGGGUCUAGUACUUGCUGGAAGAGCAGCAUUUGUUUUCCUCUUAUCAUUCAUAUCCAACAUCACUAGGAAGUCAUCAAAAGAGGGCAUAAGCUUCAGGCAGCAGGUGAUUAUUUGGUGGGCUGGUCUUAUGAGAGGAGCUGUUUCAAUGGCACUUGCUUAUAAUCAGUUCACCUUGUUAGGGCAUACUGCAAAGCGAGCGAAUGCCAUUAUGAUCACCAGCACCAUCACUGUUGUGUUAGUCAGUACAGUGGUAAGACCCUUUGUCUACUAUUUCUAUUUUCCACCAAAAAUUACCAGUGAUCAUUACGGUUAAAAUAAAACCAUGCAUAUGUUAAAA